AGCAGUAAGAACAAUGGAAAGCAAACAGAAGAGGCUUUAUAAGGUUGUUCUGACCGGAGGUCCUUGCGGUGGAAAAACAACUGGCCAAUCAAGGUUGUGCACGUUCUUUGAGAACUUAGGAUGGAAAGUGUUUCGAGUGCCGGAGACUGCCACAGUGCUGCUCAGUGGUGGAAUAAAAUUCUCAGACCUGUCAGAGGAAGAAGGUUACAAGUUUCAAGAGAACCUCCUCAAGACAAUGUUACAGAUAGAGAACACAUUCUUUGAGCUGGGAGAGAGCUGCAACAGAGAUUGUCUUAUAAUAUGUGACCGAGGGGCCAUGGACGCAUCUGCAUUCAUUUCUCGAGACAAGUGGGAGCGUAUGAUGUCAGCCAAUGGUUGGAACUCUGUAGAGCUCAGAGACAACCGGUACGACCAGAUUGUACAUCUAGUGUCCGCUGCCAACGGAGCAGAGGACUUCUACAGCACUGAGGACCACGCGUGUCGAAGUGAAGGAGUGGUCCUGGCUCGGGAGCUGGACUACAAUGCUGCGGCUGCUUGGGUCGGUCAUCCGUACUUCGAUGUCAUUGACAACUCCACAGACUUUGAGACCAAGAUCUGCAGGAUGAUCGCAAGCGUUUGCCAGAAGCUAGGCAUUGACACUGGAGACCGCCUCACGACCAACUCUCGCAAACGCAAGUUCCUUGUCCGAGGUCCGCUGCCAGACGACUCUAUAUUCCCACCGUUCCAAGACUUCGACGUAGUCCACAAUUACCUUCAGACGUCAACCCCCAACAUGCAGGUGCGACUCCGGAAACGUGGUCAGAAAGACAGUACUGGGUUGGCAGGCCACUGGUCCUACAUCCACACCAUACGCAAGCCCAAGCUGCGAGGCCAAGUAGUUGAGGUCAAGACGCAGCUCACACACCGAGACUACAUCAACAUGUUGGCGCAGAGGGACGACUCCCACUUCACCAUCUUCAAGCGACGCCGCUGUUUUCUUGAUAACAACCAGUAUUUCCAAUUAGACAUCUACAGAGAACCUUGCCAUCCUAGGUGUAAGGGUCUGAUCCUGCUAGAGACAUACUCUGCACUAGACAACGGAGCGUUGGAGAAGUGUCUGCCCAAGUUCCUGUCUCUUGUAGAGGAGGUGACUGGCAACCCAGCAUACUCCAUGUUUAACCUCUCACUCCGCGAAGACUGGGACACCACCACCAAGUUCUGCAGAGGUUUCCAAGGUAUCCACAGGGACGUGUGUAAGAACUGACGUUAGAAGUGAACAACUGUUAACCAGGUGAUGAAAAGGAGAAAAUCAAGAUAAACAACAAUGAGAGCAGUGCUCCUUUAGCAAGUCAUGUAAAUGUAAAAUCCUCAGAGUCAACAGUCAAUGGAGGACUCUAACCUGGUACUUAGAGCUGUGACUGAACCUUAUCUACUU